GGAACUGGAGGAAGAGAGAAAGUGAGGAGGAGAAUGGAAAGAGAGAGGGGGAGGGAAUAACAGUCGUGGAGAGACAAGGAGAGAGAAAGAGAAAGAGUGAGGAAGAGAUUGAGUGAGAGGGAGUCAGAGACUGCAGAAGAGAGAAAGUGGGAAGGAAUGAGAGAGACACUCAGGCACAGACUCUAAACCUGAGAGAAAAAAGAUUUGGGCUGAAGAAAGACUGGAAAGAGACAGACUGGGAAGAGAGAAAUAGAAAGUGAGACUGGGGAAAGAGACGAUCUAAAAGAAAAGUUGAGUGCGAGAAGGAAAAAGAGAGAGAGGAGAGAGAGCACAAGACAGUAGACAAAGCAGUGAGAGGGUGCGGGAGUGCUCAGGUGAGGACAGGGACCUGAACUAUGAGGCCCAGUGCUUGAGAGACUGGGGAGGGGGGACUGCAACCGGCGCCCCUCAUCCACAGCUCCUCUCCCUGUCACUGGGAGCCCAGAGCUGGCCUCCUCUGACCUCUGAGCCCCUGACCCGGUCCCCGUGCCCAGCAGGGUCGGCUGCAGAGCCUCAGCUCCUCUCUGCCCCGGGGCUGGAUGGAGGAGGGCCGACCUCGGAGCAGCCUCAGCCUGGCCAGCAGCGCCUCCACCCUCUCUUCGCUCAGCACCCUGAGCGCCAAGAAGCCGGCCCGGGCAGUAAACAAGGUCCACACCUUUGGGAAGAGGAGCAAUGCGCUCCGAAGGGACCCCAACCUGCCUGUACACAUCCGAGGCUGGCUUCACAAGCAGGACAGCUCUGGGCUCCGGCUCUGGAAGCGCCGCUGGUUCGUCCUUUCUGGCCAUUGCCUCUUCUAUUACAAGGACAGCCGCGAGGAGAGCGUGCUAGGCAGCGUCCUGCUCCCCAGCUACAGUGUCCGGCCAGAUGGGCCCGGAGCCCCCCGAGGGCGACGCUUCACCUUCACCGCAGAGCACCCGGGCAUGAGGACCUACGUCCUGGCGGCUGACACCUUGGAGGACCUGCGGGGCUGGCUGCGGGCCUUGGGCCGGGCCUCCCGCGCGGAGGGUGACGACUGUGGGCCACCCAGGUCACCCCCUCGCCCCCAGCCUGGGGAGGGCCCUGGUGGCCCCGGGGGUCCUCCGGAGGUGAGCAGAGGGGAAGAGGGGCGCAUCUCAGAAUCAUCAGAGGUGGCUCGGUUCUCCAGAGGUCGUGACCCACCCGGGCUGCUGGCUCCCAGCCCCACCGCGGACCUCCAGUCUGGACCCAGGGGUCGCAGGACCAGGAGCCCGGAUCUGUUCGCGCCCCUCUCUCGCCCUCCCUCCCCGCUGAGUCUUCCCCGACCCUGGUCCGCUCCUGCGCAGCGACUCUCGCCCUCCUCAGGAGACAGAGCGCUCCCUGCCCGACCUCACACCCCUUUGAGUCGCAUUGAUGUCCGGCCUCCUUUUGAUUGGGGGCCUCAGCGACAGACUCUUUCCCGGGCCCCCACACCCCGCCGAGGACCCUCCUCUGAAGCUGGCGGAGGGCGGCGUCCCAGAAGCCCCCAAAACUGGAGUCAGGAGCCCAGAACACAGGUUCCCUCUGGCUCCUCCACUUAUCUCCAGCUACCCCCAAGACCCCCUGGGACCCGGGCAUCCACGGUUUUAUUGCCAGGUCCCCUGCUGGACUCAACCCUCCACCAAAGCUUGGAGACAGAUAGCCUGCUGACCAAACUGUGCGGUCAGGACCGGCUCCUGAGGAGGCUGCAGGAGGACAUCGACCAGAGGCAGGAGGAGAAGGUGCAGCUAGAGGCCGCCCUGGAGCUGACCCGGCAGCAGCUGGGCCAGGCCACCAGGGAGGCUGCCACUCCUGGCAGGACCUGGGGUCACCAGCGCCUCCUGCAGGACCGCCUGGUCAGCGUGAGGGCUGCCCUGUGUCACCUGACUCAGGAGCGAGAGCAGGUUUGGGACGCGUACAGAGGCCUGGAGCAGGAGCUGGGCACCUUACGAGAGACCCUGGAGUACCUGCUGCACCUCGGGUCCUCCCAGGACAGAGCGUCGGCCCAGCAGCAGCUGUGGAUGGUGGAGGACACGCUGGCAGGGCUGCGGGGCCCCAAGAAACCGCCCCCCGCCACUGAGCCUAACUCCCCUUCCCCUGCGCUCCAAGGCGAGGAGUCCUCUGAGAGGGAGUUGCUGAAAAGGAGCAAUGAUGACAUGACCAUCGUCACCAAUCCGCUCCCCCAUCCCCUCCAGAGCCUUCCAGAGUCCCUGGAACUCAGCUCCCCGAGGUCCCCCGAGGCUGGCCGGGGCCGGCCCCCUGGAAGUGACAGAGACCUUGGCAGCCUGAGCUCAGGCCUGGCGUCUCCCAGAGUGUCCCGGGCUUCCAGCCCUGAGGGCCGACGCCCCUCCUCCCCGAUGCUGGGGACCAAGGCCCCCUCCACCCGGCCCAGAAUGAGUGCCCAGGAGCAGCUGGAGCGCAUUCGCAGGAACCAGGACAGUGGACGGCCCCUCCUGCGCCCCGCCUCCCCCCGGCUCCUCACCCUGGGGAGGACAUUGUCCCCAGCCAGAUGCCAGCCUGACACGGAGCAAAGGGCUGUCCUAGGAGCUCCAAAAUGGCCCAGAAGCUCGGGGUCCUGGAGCAGUCCCAGGAACACUAGCCACUACUUGCCUACAUCCGAAGGCCACAGGGAGCGGGUCCUCAGCCUGUCCCAAGCCCUGGCCUCUGAGGCGUCGCAGUGGCACAGACUGAGGACAGCCUCUCCAGGUGGGAAUUUGGACUGUCUCGAUGACCUUCUCCCUUCUGUGCCUCAGUCGGACCCCACGCCCUUGGUCACCUCGCCUCCGAGAUCCCCCGCAAUGACCAAUUCCGGUUCCACUGGAUUCUCUGGGCGAGGAGCUGACAGUGGGGCACAUGUGGUCAUCUGUGACAAGGAUGAGUCCAGCGCCCGAGUCCUGGAGCAGCAGCUCCCCGGCGCCAUCUUUAUCCGCUCUGAUGUGACUCAAGAGGAGGAUCUUCGGACCCUGAUUGCUGAGACCAUCCGCCGAUUUGGUCACCUGGAUUGUGUGGUUAACAAUGCCGGCUACCAUCCACCUGCAGAGAGGCUAGAGGACACCUCUGCCCAGGACUUUCGGCAGCUGCUGGAGCUGAACCUGCUGAGCAUCUACACCCUGACCAAGCUCGCCCUCCCCCACCUGCGGAAGGUCCAGGGCAACAUCAUCAACAUCUCCAGCUUGACUGGGGCCAUUGGCCAGUCCCAGGCAGUGCUCUACUCUGCCACCAAGGACAGGGAACAACAUUUCUGCUCCUCAGAAGGGGCCAAAACCCUGGCCCACCCCCAGGAAGGGUACAGCCCACUCUCCAGGCACUUUAUGGACUUUCAGCUUCCUGAAGAAUUUGCUUGUCAGGUCUGGUGGAGGAAGGAGCCUAGGUUUAACCAAAGGAACACGGGUUUGGAUGGCCUUGGUGACCUUGGCCUGCUCUUUCUCUCUCUCUUUUUUUUUUUUUUUUUGUUUUUUUUUUUGUUUGUUUGAGACUGGGUCUUGG